CUUCCACUCCUUAAUUUCUUGAUCUAUUUGUUCUAAUGGAUUCCAGAGUUCCAAAGGAAGAAGGUGCAGCAACUCCACUAGCUCCAAGUUCAAAGAAAAAAAGCCCUUUACUAAUUUGCCUAUUUGUGUUCUUGGGUUCUCUUCUUUUUGUAUUUCUUCUCCUUCUAAUUCUUGGACUUACUGUUUUCAAAGCCAAAGAUCCAACAACUACAGUUGAUUCAGUUUCUGUGAAAAGUCUUCAAUCCAAAAUUGAUCCUCCACCAUCAACAAAAGCCUAUUUAAAUGUAACCCUUAAACUAGAUAUGUCAGUUUAUAAUCCAAACAAGGCAAGCUUCAAGUACAGUGACAGUAUUGCUCUUAUUGAUUAUAAUGGUGGACUUGUUGGUGAAGCUGCAAUUCCUGCAGGAACAAUUCCUUCUGAUGGUACAGCAGGGAUGAACACAACAGUUACUUUGUUGGCUGAUCGAUUGCUUUCUGAUUCCAAAUUUUAUUCUGAUAUGGUUUCUGAUGCUCUGCCUCUUUUUGUUUCUACAAAAAUUUCUGGUAAGGUAAAGGUUUUAAUGAUUAAGAAAAGUAUAAUCUCUAACACAGCUUGCAAUAUAACACUGAAGAUUAGUAAUGCAAGUGUGGUUAAUCAAGAGUGCACAUCCAAGAUCAGUUUAUGA